CCCUCCCCGCCGGGGCGGGGCCACGCUCCUCCCUCCGCGGCCCCAACCGAGGCGCUGCCGCCCGCUUCCUGCCGCCUCCCAGCGCCGCCGGGUCCGCGGGAGCCGCCCCCAUCCCCUCUCCCCCCUCCCGCCCUCCCUCCGAGCAGCGGCUGGAGCCCGGGAGCGUGCGCGGCGAGGCGGCCGGGCCGAGCGGGGAGAUGAACACGGUGCUGUCCCGGGCCAACUCGCUCUUCGCGUUCUCUUUGAGCGUGAUGGCGGCGCUCACCUUCGGCUGCUUCAUCACCACCGCCUUCAAGGAGCGGAGCGUGCCCGUCAGCAUCGCCGUCUCCCGCGUCACGCUAAAAAAUGUAGAAGAUUUCACUGGACCUAGAGAAAGAAGUGAUCUGGGAUUUGUAACAUUUGACAUCACUGCAGAUCUGCAGAGUAUAUUUGACUGGAAUGUUAAACAAUUGUUUCUAUAUUUGUCUGCAGAAUAUUCAACGAAAAACAAUGCUCUAAACCAGGUUGUUCUUUGGGACAAGAUCAUGUUGAGGGGAGAUAACCCAAGGCUGUUCUUAAAAGACAUGAAGUCAAAGUACUUUUUCUUUGAUGAUGGAAAUGGUCUCAAGGGAAACAGGAACGUCACUUUGACCCUCUCAUGGAAUGUUGUACCAAAUGCUGGUAUUCUACCUCUUGUAACAGGAUCAGGACAUGUGUCUGUACCUUUCCCAGAUACCUAUGAAACAACAAAAAGUUAUUAAAUUAUAAUACUGAAUCCUAAGCAAGAUAUUUUUAUACUUGUAUAUUGUGAAUAAAAUUUACCAUGGUUUCUUCUUUCAUCCCAUACAACCCUUCAGUGAAAGGUACCUAAUUUCCUCAGGUCUAACAACAUAGGAGAAGGAAAUGAAAGUUCAGGGUUUUGGUUUUGUUUGGUUAUUUUGUGUUUUGUUUUGUUUGUUUUUUGUUUUGGUUUUGUUUGGUCUUUUUUGUUUUUUGUUUGGUUUUGGUUUUUUUUAGAAAAUACUUUAAGGCUGAAACUUAAAGGAAAAAUUAAAGGAAGAAGUAAAUUUCAGAAUAAUGGUUUUGGUGGGAAAAUUGAGGAAAUUUUUUUUUUUCCUUUGGCCAUCUGGGUACAGAUCUUUUCUUUUAAAUAAACAUUUUUAAACCAGA